AUGCCCCGCGUAGCGAAUCCUAAGCAUCGCCGCUCGGGCGGUGCCUCUACCCCCCAUAAGAAUUCUCCUAUCAAAAUCCCACUCAAUGAUGACAUGGGCGAAAAGGCAGCUCGUAUGGAAGCCCGACAGGCUCGCCAUGACCGCCAGAUGGAUCAAAUAAAAGCAGCUGUGAAAACACCCAUGCCCCCUCGAAGAUACACUGGUCAUGAACGGGGAUCUAGCAUGAGCCCUGCCACACCUCGCGGAUCAGGACACAGGGGCCGAGAAAGCGAUGUCGAUGGUCGGAGAGCCGUAACCCCGAUGAAGCGAGUACCAAUCUUAGCCAACUUUGAGGAAUGGAUGAAAAUGGCAACCGACAACAAGAUCAACGCAAAUAAUUCAUGGAAUUUUGCCCUCAUUGACUACUUCCAUGACAUGUCCUUACUAAAGGAGGGGGAUGGUGUGAACUUCCAGAAGGCCAGCUGCACGCUUGAUGGAUGCGUCAAGAUCUACACAAGCCGAGUCGACAGUGUUGCAACGGAAACCGGUAAGCUUCUGAGUGGUUUGGCUGAUAGUCGCGAGAGAAAGGCCCACGAGGGUGGUGCAGAUGACGACGGGGCUGCGGAUGAGGACGAAGAAGGGGAGGGAGCGACAAGGAAAUCUCGACGGAAGGCACAACGAUCGCACGAGGCCACACUUGCACCUUCGUUCGCCUCACUCCAGCUGAAAAAAUUCGAACUUGAAUUCUCAGUUGACCCACUAUUUAAAAAGGCAUCGGCAGAUUUUGAUGAAGGCGGCGCAAAAGGCUUGCUGUUGAAUCAUUUGGCAAUUGAUGGGCAAGGACGAAUCGUCUUCGAUAGUAGUGAUGAUGCCGCUGAAGAGAGCUCGAAAGAUACGGAUGAUGCACGCCAAGGGUCGGAGGACUCCAAACAUCAAGAAUCUCCAUCGUCACCCCCAAAGCAAUCUUCUGAUGAUAUAUUUACAGACAAUGUGGAAAUUGACAUAACUGCUCUGGCGAGCCAGUUCUUCCCAGAUUUGGAGCGCCUAGAAAUGCAGGAUAUCUGCCCAUCACUUAAGAAUUUUGACCUUGGAGACCCGAGUGGGUCGUUGGAUAUACCUUUCCUUAAAGCCCCCGAAGUCUGGCGGAAUGAUAAGUGUCAUGAGGAGGGGCCGCAUCCAAAUGACGCAUCUGGAAUCAUGCUCGAUGACGACAAUGCUGUUGGCUUCGAUGACGACGACGCUACUUUGGCAGGCUUUGAUCUCGGCGGAGAUGCAGGUUUCGGUGAUGGUGGUGAGGCUUGGGCUCGUGAGGCUGCUUUGGAGCCGAUGCUCAAGGUUCACCGUGUCGAUCGCGACAAUGACGAGAUUCAGGAUGGUGAGGAGCUGGACAAUGACGACGCAUAUGCCAUUUCUCUCACUCAUCAACCUGACAAGCGUGACCAUGAAAACAUCCUCAGCUAUUUCGAUAAUGCCUUGCAAAAGAACUGGGCAGGCCCAGAACAUUGGAAAAUUCGUAGAAUCAAAGAGCAUACUGCGGCAAAUACUGCGAGUGCUGCUCCAAAGCAGCGAAAGGAGAAAGAACCCUUCGAAAUCGACUUUUCUGCCCCUCUGGAUUUGUCUGUUGCUGAGUUGAUAUAUACUCCAGCAAGCUCCAACUCCACCAUAUCCUUGCCCAAGACACAAUGGAAGACAAAAGGUCGCAACCUUCUCCCAGAUGAUAAACACUUCAAUUCGCGACAGUUACUUCGUCUCUUUCUAAAGCCUAAGGCCAGGAUGGGCACGAGAAAAUUGAUAGGAUCUCGGCAGUUUAACCGACGGAGGGAAGACCGGACAGCAGACAAUGGCGACAUGGAUGAGGCGUUCUGGGCAAACCAUAAACCGGAGAAUGACGUAUCUCCCGAUGAAGAAGGCGCCCCUGGUGCAUACGAUGCUAAUUUCUUCGCGGAUGAUGAUGGCCUCGCGUUCCCCAAUGGCUUUGGCUUAGGUGAUGACGAUGAUGACAACAUGCCUUUUGCAGAUGCUAGAGAGAUGCUUUCUCCACCAUCCGAUGGACACCCGGGUAACUCAGCAGGGGACGGUGGCGGAGCUUCGGGGCUUACGGCGCUUCUGAACAUGGUAGGCGCUACUCCUGGCGCAGCGUUACAGAGCGGAGCCGGAGGAUUCGGCUCACAGCUAGUGACCCAAGGCGGUCGAAGAGCACGCCCUGAUUAUGUUGCAUAUGCACGAGUGGCUAAGAAGGUGGAUGUUCGGCGACUGAAGGUGGAGAUGUGGAGGGGCAUGGGUGAACGCUUGAUCGCAUCAACAACUUUUGGUUCCUCUCACGAGAGUCAAUCCCACGAACCUGCUGAAGAUGACGCCGAUGCACCCCCAACACCCACGCCCGUGAACGAGAGCCUAGAUCGAGCCGCUGAAAACGAUCAACAGCAAGAAAAUGGCCAACUCCGAUUCACGCAAAUUAUGAACUCACUCAAAUCUGUCUACCCCACCGAAACACUACGUGACAUCAGUACUUCUUUCGGGUUCAUUUGUCUCCUUCAUUUAGCUAAUGAACAGGGUCUCAUGCUGCAGAAUGAUGAUGGUUCUACCAGUCUCGGCGAAGGCAGGCUCGAAGAUAUCUUUGUCACAAAGGAUAACAAUGCGGUCCUUGAAGAAGGAGCUAUGUGA